AUGGCUCGAAGUAAUUAUGGCGGUCCCAAACUGCCCAAGACAUUAUUGGACCAAGUGGGAGGUGUGGAGAAGCGAGGAGGCAGAGACACAUCUCGGAAAGACAGACGGAAGGCAGAGAGGCAGGCGAAGAAGGGUGGGGGGGUACAAAUCAGUGCUACUGCGAGAAGAGUGCCAAUCAGGCUCAACAAUGAGGAGCCGGACAGAUCUCGAGUAGACAAGAUACGAGUGAGGCCGUCGAAGGACGCCAAGCCUGUCAAAUCGAUCUUGAAAUCGUCGAGAAGAACUCCAGCACCAGCACCGGAAUCAGCUGUCUCUGACGAUGAGUCCACAGCGGAGACAGAACUCGAGGAUAUAGGCAGCGAGGAUGAGGAGGAGGAAGGUGAAGAUGCUUUGAGUGAAACUGAAAGCGACGACUCGUUCAUGAUAUCACGGCAGGCAGCCAAGGCUGGAUUAGCAGAUGAGGACGAUGAGAUCACAGCCCUGGAGCGGAAGUUGGGCGUGAAGAGCAAGAAAAGCAGUAAUGAGAUCGGCGAUGAUGAGCUCGAUUGGCUGGUCACGGGCUCUGAUAGCGAAGAGGAAGGCAGGAAGAAGCGAAAAAGACCAGAUGAAGAUGCGAAGUGGCUACGAGACAAGCGGCUGAAGAUGAAUCGCGUAGAAACGGUCUCCAGCUCUGAGGCUGAGGAAGAAGGUUCAGAGGACGCUUUAGCUAUGGAUGAUGAGUCUGAUGGGAUUGAGAACCCAUUUUCGGAGGAUGAGAUGUCUGAUGACUUUGGUGGCUUCGAGUCAGAAGACGACGGACCAUCGUCGCCAAAGCGAGAACGUGAGAAUCCGUACGUGGCUCCAGUAUCGAAAGGCGACUCGACUGCAGGUGCCACCGGCAAAUACAUUCCGCCGUCACUACGCAAAGCUGCCACGUCCGACGAGGGAGUACUCAAGCAAUUACGCCGACAAAUACAAGGCCAGCUGAAUCGUCUCUCUGAUGCGAACUUGCUCUCUAUCUUGCAAGCUGUAGAGCAGAUCUAUGAGAAGAGCGCGAGGCAGCAUGUAACGUCUACACUGAUCGACUUGCUUGUGGGACUAGUCACUGACCCAGCAAUCCUCAACGACACAUUCCUUAUCCUGCAUGCUGGUUUCGUGGCUGCGCUGUACAAGGUCGUCGGCACGGACUUUGGUGCACAGCUGGUUGAACGACUUGUCGAAGUACUAGACGGCUAUAGACAGGCCGACAAUGCCGAAGGAAAGCAGCAGCUCAAUCUGGUGGCGUUCAUGUCGACUUUAUACGCCUUCCAGGUCAUCAGUAGCGCUAUUCUGUUCGACUACAUCCGUCUGUUCCUCAGCGAGCUGACGGAAGACAACACGGAGCUGCUACUACGCAUCAUUCGCACAUCAGACACACAGCUUCGUAAAGACGAUCCAACAGCACUGAAAGAUAUCGUGCUGCUUCUCCAGCGACAAGUUACUGAGGCAGGCGAGGCCAAUAUCUCUGUCCGCACGAGGUAUAUGAUCGAUACCAUACGCGACCUCAAGAACAAUCGCAUGAAGACCGGCGUAGCCAAUUCAGCAGUCGUGGCAGAACACACAACACGUAUGCGGAAGAUACUGGGCACUCUCAACACUCGCCCUCUACGAGCCUCUGAACCACUCCGGAUCACCCUCGCAGAUAUCCGCGACAGCUCAAAGAAAGGGAAAUGGUGGCUCGUGGGCGCCAGCUACCAUGAUCCCGCCAAACUCGCCUCCACCACAGCCCCCGGCGCCACGCCCGGUAGCAAAGCCAGCGGGAACGUAGACGAUGGCUACGAAUCCGACACCCCUGGCCAUGUAAAUCUAACAAAAGCUGCUCGCAUCCAAGGCAUGAACACCGACAUUCGCCGUCUCAUCUUCAUCAACAUAGUCGGAGCCGAGGACUACGUAGACGCUUACCAGCGAAUUCAAGCCCUAAAGCUGAGAAGCAAGCAAUCAGCUGAGAUACCAGGCGUAUUGGUGCAUUGUGCGGGUGUGGAACAAGGCUGGAACCCCUUUUAUGGGUUCCUGGCACGGAGAUUAUGUGAGGAUGGUGGCAAAGGGAUGGGUAAGGGGUUUCAGAAGACGUUGUGGGAUAGUAUCAAGAAACUGGCUGAUGAUGGUGAGGGUGACGAUGAUGAGGGACGAGACGAGCUUAGCAUGACGAAAGUCGUUAUUUUGGCUAGGCUCUAUGGGUUUUUGAUUGCACACGGAUGUCUCUCCAUCGCCGCCACGAAGACAUUGGAUUAUGGGCUCCUUUCACGCCCCGACACGAAGGCCUACGUAUUCGGCAAUUCUUUACUUACCACCGUCUUAUUGCAGGCCCACAAGAAGAACGACGACUACGCGGCAAAACUUCGGGAUAUCUUUUCUGCCACUUCUAGAGCGCCACAGAUGAUUGAGGGGCUGCAGUUGUUUAUGAGUAUCGUGGUAAUGCGAGCUGAUCUGGCGAAGAAGAGAAGAGAAGAGGGUUUUAUCAGGGAGGGGUGUGAGAUUGUCCUGGAUGUAUUGAGGAAAGUCAGCGAGGAGUCGGUGAAGGGGAGGAUGCAGGGUGAUGGCAGUGAGGAGGAGUAG